GCCAUGUGAUGGAUAAAUGAUACUAUUGCAGCUUGUCUCAUCACCUGUUCUGUGCUUUGUGUUUCCAGUGUUCCCGUGUCCUCCAGAUUCCUGAUUCCAUGACCCAGUACCUGCAUCCUAUUGGAGUACUAAACGGUGUGUUGGUGUGUGAUUUUGCUGCUCCUCCAAUCAACACACCCUCUCCAAAAAAGAGGAAGCGUCAUGAGCAUCAGGAUGAUGAGGACCGGGUGUAUGUGAAGAAGCCACCCAAUGCCUUCAUGCUGUUUUUGAAUGAGGAGAGGCCAAAGGUCAAGGCUGAACUGAUUAACAGCAGUAGUGCAGCAGUCAAUGCCGUUGUGGGAGAGAGGUGGAAGUCGCUGCCAAAGGCCCAACAGGCAAAAUACUACGAGCAGGCAGAGGAGGAAAGGAUGCUCCACGCCCAACAACAUCCGCAGUGGUCCAGCAAAGAUAACUAUGUAAGUCCAAAGUGAAAGCAUACAAGU